CGGCGCUGACUGGGCGGACUGCGCGUGCGGACUGCGCGUGCUCGCGGCGUAUGUGGUGCGCGCUCCCGCCGUCCUUCAGCAACAUCUCUGUCUGUCUCCGUCGACCUGCAGAAAGAUCCUUUCGCCCUCAAAUGCAUCAUCCUAAUCCCCGCUUUUCCAUGUCGGCCAGCUGACGGAAUCCCGACUCGCUCUCGAGCUUUUGUGAGGUUGGCUGGUCUUCUGGAGAAGCUGUUGAGCACUGGAUCUUGGCCAACAUGGCGCAAACCAACAGCGUCACGCAGAACAGCAACGGAGAGACGGACGACUCUCCCAACACGCUAGUCUACAGAAAGAUGGAAGACCUAAUAGCCCGGAUGCAGGAUGAGAAAAAUGGCAUCCCAAUCCGCACAGUGAAGAGUUUUCUGUCCAAAAUUCCGAGUGUGUUCUCUGGUUCAGACAUUGUGCAGUGGCUGGUGAAGAACCUGAACAUUGAGGAUCCAGUGGAGGCUCUGCACCUGGGCACUCUGAUGGCAGCACAUGGUUAUUUCUUCCCCAUCUCAGACCACGUGCUGACGCUCAAAGACGACGGAACUUUCUACAGAUUCCAGACGCCGUAUUUCUGGCCUUCAAACUGCUGGGAGCCGGAGAACACAGACUAUGCUGUGUACCUCUGCAAACGAACGAUGCAAAACAAAGCUCGUCUGGAGCUGGCCGACUACGAGGCAGAAAGUUUAGCACGGCUUCAGCGUGCCUUCGCCAGGAAAUGGGAAUUCAUCUUUAUGCAAGCAGAAGCACAAGCGAAAGUGGAUAAGAAGAGGGACAAAAUCGAGAGGAAAAUCCUUGACAGUCAGGAGAGAGCGUUCUGGGACGUGCACAGACCAGUGCCAGGAUGUGUCAACACGACAGAAGUAGACAUCAAAAAGUCCUCCAGAAUGAAGAAUCCUCACAAAACAAGAAAGUCUGUAUACGGCCUUCAGAACGAUAUCCGCAGUCACAGCCCCACCCACACACCCGCCCCCGAGGCAAAGCAGCCAACCGUGGAGGAGCUUCAGGAACAGAUCAAAUUCUGGCAGGCACAGUUAGACAGACAUCGAUUGAAGAUGUCCAAAGUUGCAGAGGGGUUAUUAGGCUACACAGAGCAGUAUGCAGAUUAUGAUCCUUUCCUCUCAACGCCUGACCCCUCAAACCCGUGGAUAUCAGACGACACGACCAUCUGGGAACUGGAGGCAAGUAAGGAGCUGACACAGAGCAGGGUGAAGCGUUGGGGUUUCAGGAUCGAUGAGGUGCUGAAAGAUCCUGCAGGAAGAGAGCAGUUCCUCAAAUUCCUUGAGUCCGAGUUCAGCUCAGAAAACCUCAGGUUCUGGUUGGCUGUGCAGGAGCUGAAGAAGAGACCCAUUAGGGAGGUGCCGUCUCGAGUGCAGGAGAUUUGGCAGGAGUUUCUGGCUUCCGGAGCUCCCAGUGCCAUCAAUGUUGAUUCCAAGAGCUAUGGCAAAACCACACAGAACGUAAAGGACCCCGGGCGCUACGCUUUUGAGGACGCACAGGAACACAUUUAUAAGCUAAUGAAAAGUGACUCAUACAGCCGUUUCAUCAGAUCCAGUGCCUACCAGGAGCUUCUGCAGGCUAAAAAGAAGAAAAGUAAGAACUUGUUUUGAAGGACAGCAAUGCUUCCAGGGGAAAUUUCUGGCGUCUAAAAGACUGCCUGCCGUUUGAGCCUCGGCGAACCGACCUGGGACGAGGACUCUACCCCUUCAUCCCUGCUGUUUGAUUGGUGCGGACAUUGAGUUGUUAGCCAAUCACGCGCAUGUUCAACGGACUGUUUUUACACCACUCUUAACUUGCUUUGAGACUAUUAACUGCCUCAAACUAGGGGCAAACAAAACAGGCCUUGGCCUUCCAGGAAGGAAGAAUUCCUUGAAUAAGUCCAAGUUGUCUUCAUUUCUUUGUCCACAUGUAAAGUAUGAAAAUGAUGUCAGAUGCAAAAAAUUAAUAAUAACAAGUAAAUAAAUAAAUAAAUAAAUAAAUAAAUAAAUAAAUAUGACGACCUAUUAAAACAUGUAAAGCCAAACCUUUAAAUAAAAAACAAACAAACAAACAAACAAAAAAAACACAAGAACACUUUGUACACUUGUUUAGCUGCUUCUAGUCCAAGCGUUUGGAGACGCAGAGUCGAUGUCAUCGUGAUCACCUUCCAUCUUAUAGGCAUUAAUUUUUAUUGCACAAUUAAACAAAUAUGUAGAAAUUUCGCCUGUCACAAUUAAAUGGUCGUGCAGCAGCAGAUGUUGGCCGGCCGUGUUCAA